CCACCUGUGAGCUUGUGGGCUGAGCUCAUCGCGACACGACAGACGGCUUCACACGCUUCGAGUAGUCUCCAGAAUCUUCAUGCCACGCACGCGGCCUUGCAGCGACGGCAAGGACCAGCGACGACGGCUCAAAAUUAAGCCUGACCCGACAUUCCAACGGACUAGGGAUCUGCUUCCAUGGCAUUAUGCCCUGAACACGAAACAUCGGCGAGACCUGUACAAUUUUUACAAACCAGAAGGCGACAGGAAAGCAUAUCGGUUACAACUCGAAGAGCUUGCGAAGGAGGACCCGGACAAGAUCAAGAGCCUCUUCAACCAAAUGCGGAGUGCUCUCGACAGAGAGUAUGCUCUUACCGAUGAUAACAUUGGGAAGCUUCACAAAUAUGCGAAUUCUGAGGGGUUCCGUUUGAGGAAGUUUCGGAAGUGGAUAUUCAAUCAGGACUUGGAGGUGCGCAAGGAGCGCUUUGCUGACAUGUGGAGAGCGGAGGCGGCUGAGAAAGAGAUGGAGAAGGCUAAGAAGCUUGAGGACUCUAGGAAGCUUGAGGAGGCUAAGAAGCUUCGGGAGGAUAAGAAGCUUCAAGAGGCAAAGAGGGAACGUGAAGAUAAGGCAAGAAAGGCCGAUGAUAGGGGAAAGAGGAAACUCGCGAAGGCCGAGAAGAAGGCCGCGAAGAAGGCAAGGAAAGAAGAGCGAGUCAAGAGGAAGUCUUUGGUAACUCAGGCCACGAAGGAUGAUGCUGCGAAUCGAGACACAGCCGAU